GAGCUCCAAACAACAACAUCAGACGUGUGUAUUGGAGCAGAGAUGACCUGUUGCCAGAAAAUGUGUUUUUGUACCAGCAUGGUCGUUUCGAUCCAGACAACCAGCAUCCAUCUUUUGAGAACCGGGUGGAUCUGCAGGACAGACAGAUGAAGGAUGGAGACAUGUCUUUGAUUCUGAAGGAUGUGUCGAUUAAUGAUGGUGGAACAUACGAGUGUUAUGGCUUCAUGGCAGAAACACACUCAUGGAAACUCAUCAGCAUCAUCUACCUCAGGGUUUCUCCAGUCCAGAAAACCAUCACAGCUGAGUCUGGACAGGACGUCACUCUGACAUGUCAAGCUCCACACAACAAGAUCAGAGCUGUAGAGUGGAGCAGAGCUGACCUGAAGAACGAAUAUCUGCUUUUGUACCGAGAUCGUCACUUUGUUCCAGAUGACCAGCAUCCAUCUUUUAAGAACCGGGUGGAUCUGAAGGACAGACAGAUGAAGGAUGGAGACGUGUCUUUGAUUCUGAAGGAUGUGAUGAUUAAUGACGCUGAAACAUAUGAGUGUUAUGGCUUCAUGGCAGAAACACACUCAUGGAAACUCAUCAGCUCCAUCUCCCUGAGUGUUGUUGAUCCUCCAGACCCAAAGAUCAUCACAGCUGAGUCUGGACAGGACGUCACUCUGACAUGUCGAGCUCCAAAAACCAACAUCAGACAUGUGUAUUGGAGCAGAGAUGACCUGUUGCCAGAAAAUGUGUUUUUGUACCAGCAUGGUCGUUUCAAUCCAGACAACCAGCAUCCAUCUUUUAAGAACCGGGUGGAUCUGCAUGACAGACAGAUGAAGGAUGGAGACGUGUCUUUGAAUCUGAAGGAUGUGACGAUUAAUGAUGCUGGAACAUACGAGUGUCAUGUUUACAUGGAAGAAACUCACUCAUGGAAACUCAUCAGCAUCAUCUACCUCAGGGUUUCUCCAGGUGAGUGA